AUGUCAAAACACGGUCCUUAUAGUUCGGCCAACACGCCCAAUUACCUCGACGACUCGGGCCCCAACGGCCUGGGCGACCUUGUGGACCUGGACAGUCUGGACGACCCGUUUGCUGACUCUCACGUCGCGGCCCCGGAGCCUUCCUCGUCCCGGUUUGCCAACGUGGCGAGUGACUACGACAACAUCGACCCAACCUCGCGCGACAACCCGUUUGAUUCGGACGUGCUCAGCGACUACGAGAGCGACAGUUACCGACCGCAGGGCUCCAGCGGGCUGCGCGACAUGGUCAACCAGCUCAGAACAAAAAUGGGAGGACCUGCCUACAACAACGUGGAAGAUACGCACGAGCCUUCCCGCAGCGUUAGAGACGAGGACCCAGAAACUUCCGCCGCCAACAGGUUCGACAUCAUGCGGUACUUCCGCAAGCGUGGCAACGACGACGACAACAGCCCACGCACCAUCUACAUCAACGAUCCACAGACAAAUGCUCGGUUUGGCUAUUACGACAACCACAUCAGUACAACAAAGUACAAUUUUGUCACAUUUGUUCCGAAGUUCCUGUUUGAGCAGUUCAGUAAGUACGCCAAUCUGUUUUUCCUUUUCACCUCGGCGAUCCAGCAGGUUCCUUCUGUUUCUCCUACAAACAGAUACACCACCAUUGGUACGUUGAUGAUUGUUUUAUUGGUUUCUGCUGUUAAGGAGAUCACAGAAGAUAUCAAGAGAAACUCGUCAGACAACGAGCUGAACAGGUCCAAGAUCGAGGUGCUGGAUAUCCAGACCGGAGAGUACGUGAUCAAGAAAUGGAUUAAUGUCAGAGUCGGAGACAUUGUGAGAGUUAAAAGCGAGCAGCCGUUCCCGGCAGAUUUGAUCUUGCUCAGCUCGUCGGAGCCAGAAGGACUGUGCUACAUUGAGACUGCUAACCUGGACGGAGAAACCAAUCUGAAAAUCAAACAGUCUAAGGAAGAAACCGCUGGUCUUUUGGCACCUCAAGAAUUGGUGCGUUGCCAGGGAAAAAUCAUGAGUGAACGUCCAAAUAGCAGUCUGUACACGUACGAGGGCACGUUGUAUUUGAACGGACGUGAGAUCCCAUUGAGUCCGGACCAAUUGUUGUUGAGAGGUGCCAGUUUGAGAAACACCGUUUGGAUCCAAGGUAUAGUGGUGUUCACUGGCCAUGAGACAAAGCUCAUGCGUAAUGCUACCGCCGCUCCGAUUAAAAAGACCGACGUGGAGAGAAUCAUCAAUCUUCAGGUGAUUGCUCUGUUUGGAAUCCUUUUGGCAUUAUCUGUGGUCUCUUCCAUUGGAGACAUCCUCAACAUCGCGUUCAUGAAAAACCAUCUGGGAUAUCUUUAUUUGGAAGGUACAAGCAAGGUGAAGUUGUUUUUUGCAGACAUUCUCACGUACUGGGUGCUAUUCUCCAAUUUGGUGCCAAUUUCGUUGUUUGUGACUGUCGAAAUCAUCAAGUAUUACCAGGCUUUCCUGAUAGCCUCGGAUUUGGACAUGUACUACGAGCCAACAGACACACCAACAGUUGUGCGGACGUCUUCCUUGGUCGAGGAGCUGGGUCAGAUUGAGUACAUCUUCAGUGAUAAAACCGGUACUUUGACAAGAAACAUUAUGGAGUUUAAAACAUGUUCUAUCGGUGGUCGCUGCUACAUUGGCGAUAUUCCUGAGGACCAUCAAGCAAGUGUCCAGGACGGAAUUGAAACUGGCUACCACACAUUCGACCAGCUCGAAAUUGAUAGAAAAGAACACAGAAACGGCAAAGUGAUUGACGAGUUCUUGACACUGUUAGCAGCCUGUCAUACUGUCAUUCCUGAGGUUAGAGGUGACAUCAUCAAAUACCAGGCUGCGUCUCCAGACGAAGGUGCUCUCGUGGAAGGAGCUGCCAUGUUGGGCUACAAGUUCAAUGUCCGUAAACCUUCCAGCAUCAGCAUCCUGGUUGACGGCCAAGAACUCACCUACGAGCUCUUGAACAUUUGCGAGUUCAACUCCACGAGAAAACGGAUGAGUGCCAUUUUCAGGUGUCCGGACGGAAAAAUCAGACUGUACGUCAAGGGAGCAGACUCGGUGAUCUUGGCUCGUCUUUCUGACGAGAACGAGUUCGUUGAUGCCACCACCAGACAUCUGGAGGAUUUCGCCGUGGAAGGUCUGCGGACUCUUUGUAUUGCCACAAGAGUGAUCCCAGAGUCGGAGUACCAGGACUGGAGUCAAAUAUAUAACAAGGCAUCUAUCAGUUUGGAGGACCGGUCGCAGAAACUUGACGACGCUGCUGAACUGAUUGAAAAAGACCUGUUUUUGCUGGGAGCAACUGCUAUUGAGGAUAAAUUGCAAGACGGUGUUCCUGAGACCAUCCAGGUGCUUCAAGAGGCCGGAAUUAAGGUCUGGGUGUUGACCGGAGACAGACAGGAGACUGCGAUCAACAUUGGAAUGAGUUGCAAGCUGCUCAGUGAGGACAUGAACCUGUUGAUUGUGAACGAGGAGUCCAAACGCGAAACCAGAGAGAAUUUGCUUGAUAAAGCAGAGAUUUUGCGUAGCAACCAAUUAUCGCAAGAUGACAUCAACUCGUUGGCCUUGGUCAUUGAUGGAAAAUCGCUUGGUUUUGCUUUGGAGUCUGAUCUCGAAGACCUGCUUCUUGAAAUUGCUGUUCUCUGUAAGGCUGUGAUCUGUUGUCGUGUUUCUCCGCUGCAGAAGGCUCUGGUUGUGCGUCUGGUGAAGCGGAAGAAGAAGGCUCUAUUGCUUGCUAUUGGAGACGGGGCUAACGACGUCUCGAUGAUCCAGGCUGCCCAUGUUGGUGUUGGCAUCAGCGGAAUGGAAGGUAUGCAGGCUGCCAGAAGUGCAGAUUUUGCCAUUGGUCAGUUCAAGUACCUCAAAAAGCUGCUGCUUGUCCACGGUUCUUGGUCGUAUCAGAGACUCUCAUUGGCCAUUCUUUACUCGUUCUACAAGAACAUCACUUUCUAUAUGACCCAGUUCUGGUACGUGUUCAGUAACGGGUUCAGUGGGCAGUCGAUGGUGGAGUCGUGGACUUUGACCUUGUACAACGUGAUCUUUGUUGUUCUGCCUCCAUUGGUGAUUGGUAUUUUUGACCAGUACAUCACAGCCAACAUGUUGAACCAAUACCCUCAACUUUACAAGAUUGGACAAGCCGGCCAUUUCUUCAAUGUGGAGAUCUUCUGGUCGUGGGCUGUGAACGGAUUCUACCACAGUGCUAUCAUCUACAUCUCGUUGAUCAAUAUUUUCAAGUACGGCAACCAACUGAGCAACGGAACAAUUCUGGACCAUUGGGGAUUUGGUAUUGCAGUCUACACCACCUGUUUGGUGACCGUUUUGGGUAAAGCUGCUUUGAUUUCUUCGCAAUGGACAAAGUUCACUCUCGUUGCCAUUCCCGGUUCGCUGGCGCUGUUGAUUGUGGUGCUACCAUUGUAUGCCACCAUUGCUCCACACGUUGGUGUUUCCAAAGAGUACUGGGGAGUUGCUCCGCGGAUUUUUGGGUCGUUGGUCUAUUGGAUGACGAUUCUGAUUGUACCGAUCCUGUGUCUGCUCCGGGACUUGUUGUGGAAGUACUACAAGAGAACCUGGAACCCAGAGUUCUACCACAAGGUGCAGAAGAUCCAAAAGUACCAGAUCCAGGAUCACAAGCCGCGGUUCUCGUCGUUCCAGAAAACGAUCCGCAAGGUCAGACAGGUGCACCGGAUGCGCAAGCAGCGUGGUUUUGCGUUCUCGCAGGAUGAGGGCCAGGAGAGCAUUAUCAGAAAGUACGACACCACCAAGAUUCGUGGAACUUACGGCGAAUUGGAUUAA